AUGGCCCAGACCCUUCCGUCUGCAAGGGGCAAAGCUCGCGUGAUCUCAGACGCGUUCCGUCCCUCUCCUGAAAUUAUCCAGUUCCUAUCCCGUGUUGUCUCUCCUCUCCAGGUCUCCUGCCAACCCGCCCUCAUCUCGUUUCAUCUAACGCGUGGCGCGGGCUUUGCGCCGAAGCGCUCAAUUUCCACCGCGAUUAUUCAAUAUCACUUCUCUUGCUGCUACGUAAUUGCCGCGCUUGCUGCAGACACUUUUGUCAUCAGCACUGAUCAGCGGCGAAAUCCCGGUGAUCGGAUGUCCUCGGUCCGCUCUCGGUCUCUAUUCCCCGUUCCUCACUUUCUCUCAACCCGCUCAAUCAAGCCAAACGGCCAACGGGCAAUCGGCAACACCAACAUCCUUUUAGACCUUGGCACUUUCUCAAAUUACUCCAACGAAACUGACCUCGUGAACACACUUGCCACACCAAAAGCAGCUUUCUUAUGA